GAUGGAGAGCGAAACAGCCUUACACCAAGGUCUCGUUCGCGUUCGAGGUCUCGACUGGAUUCACCGGCCAACUCUCCACCUCAUAGGCGCGCUACAUCACAGUCUCGCUCUCCUCAGCCUCGUAGACGCUCCUUUAGCAGAAAGAGGACAAGAUUUAGAAACGCAAGAAACGUCCUUGCUUUGUAAUUAAGAUUUGAAUAAUCAAGAUGUUGGACAUGCUUGAGCCUGAAACAUUCAGUGAUCGGCAGUGGUCGUCGGAACAAGAUCUCUCCGAGUUUGUGGUACUGGAAGAAAUAGCUGAUGAGAGGUCACGUUCUCGCACACCUCGCCGGCAUCGGUCACGCAGUGGAUCUCCUCGCAAUGGACACGAGGGUAGCCGCCGUUCACGACGAACUCGGUCACCAUCCUCAAGCUCUCCAAUGUCUAAUCGCAGGCGUCAUAUUGGCACACGAGAUAACCCCGAGCCAUCCAAAUGUCUUGGAGUGUUUGGUUUGAGUGUGUACACAACAGAGAGACAGCUGCACAGCAUCUUCGUCAAGUUUGGACCUCUGGAGAAGGUGCAAGUUGUUCUUGACUCAAAGACUGGAAAAUCAAGAGGAUUCGCAUUUGUGUACUUUGAGUCUAUAAAGGAUGCUGCUGAAGCCAAGGACGAAUGCUCUGGAAUGGAAAUUGAUGGACGGAGGAUCAGAGUAGAUUUCUCUAUUACAAAGAGACCUCAUACACCUACACCAGGCAUUUACAUGGGCAGACCUACCACACGAGGUGGUUAUGAUCGUGGAUAUGGUGGGCGAGGUGGCGGCGGGUAUAGGGGAGAUAGAUACCGCUCUCCUUCACCACGAUACAGGCAACGUUCCAGUGGUGGCCGCCGCGACUAUUAUGACCGUGGAUACGACCGUGGAGACCGGAGUUACUAUAGAGGUGGUGGUGGCUAUGACCGAUAUGACCGUCAGCCACACUAUGACCGCUAUGACAGAUAUGAUAGGGCUUAUGACAAGUACGAGCGUUAUGAGAGGUCUAGAUCCCGGUCAUAUUCUCCACGUCGGCUGAAGGCAUCGGAUUAGAUGCCAAACGAUGCCGUGAAUUGGGACACCGCUGACCAGGUGUAAUUUCAACAUGUGAAGGAUGCUCUCUCAGCAAAGAAGUGAUGAAUCAUACAGGAGCUAGUUCAAUAAGCAAGAUAUUGUGGCUUUUAUUUGACAUGCUUCCAUAAAAAAUUUUUUACAUGUUUUAUGAAUAUUGUCCAUUAACUGAUAUUGGUGUACCUAUUAUUUUUUUGUUUUUAAUAACAUGGUAAGCACUGUAUAUAGCAUGUAUUUCCAGUUUAGAAGUGAAGGGAUGUGCUAGUAGGCAGAGUACAGUAAAAGGUAGCACGUCAACAAAGAGAACUGAAUCUGGUUCCCAAAAGUCAUACACUAGCAUAAAGAGUACCGGUCAGUUGGUGACUUGUAUUACAAUGUUGUACUGAUGGCCCGAGUGUUAACAUCUUACAUGAUCGGUAUAGCAUCCGUUAUUACCAUAGGAGCGGAGAUUGCACGGUUAUUUCAGUGGUAGUAGCGGGGUGCGCGGUUGAGAUAUUACAAUGGUUCUUCAUCUGUAAAAGUACCAGCAAAGGGUGAUGAUUCUCACAUUGUAUUCUGUCUUCAUAUAAUAUAUGCAGUUGGUAUUGUUAAUAGCAUUACCUAUUUAAAAUACAUGCAAGAGUGAAUGUAAUUUAAUGAACUGGGUUUGUGAUCAUCUAUAAACUGUGUGGUUGUCUCUGGUGGGCAUUGUAAUUUGUAAAAAGAAACACCACAUUUCUGUAUCCCAAACUAUUCUGUUAAGACUCAUGGUUGAUAUACAGGGCUUCUGAGCAUUUUGAGUAAUUUUGUCUGCCUGUUGAGAUCUGUGAUGUGGCUUUAGGGUAAGGAAUGGCAAAUUUACCUUUUCUUUACUUCACUACUUUGGUUUGAGCCAAAGAUAAUUCUUUUAUAAUAUGUUUUUUAUGAGCAUUGUAUAAUUUGGCUUAUACUAUUUCUCUGUGAGAAUAUAUUUAACCUGAGUAAAGAGUUUGUUAGAACUGGGCAUUAUGAUAGCACAGGGCAUAAGCCUUUCACUGUAAUUUACAGCAUAAAAUAUACAAUACAGUAUAGUCAUUUCGUGUGUAGUUAUUCAUGUAUUACUAAAAAAAAAAAAUCAGACAAUUAUGUAAUUAGCACUGUUUAGUUAAUAUUGAUGUUAUUGAACACAUCCACAAGCCUUGAUGAGGGUUUGAACUAUGCGCUGAAUGUUCCCAGAUGUGCUUUUAGUCAUCUGGACCAAGACAUGGAAAAGAAUUGCAACCUGGAAUGCUACUGCACCCACGAGGGUGCAGUGUUUGUCGUCUUGUCCUCGGAGUAUGUGAAUGUACCAGUGACGAGAUGCCUUGUGACCCUACAACAUAAAAGCCAAACGUAACAUAAUUCAUAGUAGUAAGCAUAAAUGUUCCAUCUUGAAGUGUCAGGAUAUUUGCGGACAUGAGAUUAGAUCACUCACUACAAGUUAUUAUGCACAUCUUUGUCUUCGGAAAUACUUUGCACUUUGUCUUCGGAAAUAUAUGGAAGUGUUCUUCCACCACUCCUACUCCUUAAUGAUGGCCACGAUAGCUGCCUUGUAGUCGCCAGAAACAUCACCCUGAAGGUCUUGUUCGAGAGACAUGUCUGACUGCUUGAAGUUGCCCAAGUCUAUCUCGGAGCGAGACACCACCAGGUGAAUGACCGCCUGGUCCUUGAUGCCCAUUCCCGACACUGCUUCUCGCAGCUCCUUAGAGAAGAACUCGCUGCGGUUCUUCAUGCUAUGUUCCGUGUCCAGAAAAAUCGGCCUUUAUAACGUCACCAAAACUCCUGCCCUUAAUAUUAGUGUAUUCUUCAAAGGCAAGGCACAGGGGAGAAGAGUAUGAGUUCAUAAUGUGGAUGAAUUUUUUCUCAUCAGUUCCUAUCCUGCCUUCACCUGCUUUACAGUGUGUGCACUAUUUCCUUGGCUAGUGACCCUUGAUAUUGCAGGGUCACAAGAUCUCUGAUACAUUUACAUACUCUGAGGAGGAGGAGACAGAAAUAUCGAGAGGUAUCUGAGAGAGGGAGGUGUUACCCUGUGCGUGUGAAUGCGUGUCAGCUGUAAGUUUAAGAAAUGACUUUGAUAUCCAGGAUAUUACAUUUUUAUGCAGUAAUUACUUAAUAAUUAGGAUGAGACCUAGUUACAGGAUGAGAGCUACACUCGUGGUGUCCUGUCUUCCAAAGACUGUCAUUUAGUGCUUUGAAACUUCUAAUGGUUUUGGCCUCCCAACACUUUGCCGAACUUGUUCCAACCGGUGGUGAUAGAAACAGAUUUUAAUUAUUAAAAAUGAUUAUUCAGGUGAAACCACUUUAUCUUUGAAUUAGGCAGUCAUGAUUUUUUUAGUUUCUCAUGAUGCAGCAAGCUUCUGUAAUUAUAAAUGUAAUGGUUUUACACAGCCAACAUUAAAGUGGUUUUAUACUGCACUCUACAUCGUAUGCUCUAUAAAUAUAAAAUUGCUUGGAAUAAGGUUAAAUAUGUCAUUACUUUUUGUCCCUGAAUUUAUUAUUCAUUGAUGUAUGGGAUUUAUAUCAAGAAACUAUGUAACUUAGGGGUCAUGAAUUAGAACUUUAUCCUCCUUUAGCAAUGGGAAAGGGCAUUCCUGAUUUCAAGACUGCAGUGUAGUGUGUGAGGAUAACAAUUUAUUUGAUACAGCAAACCCAACACAUUUUCAGAAUCGACAUAUUUCCACGUCUGUAUUUUUCAAAUGCCUCCCUUCUCUGUUAAGUCAUUCACAUACUGUACUUUGCUCUCACAAUCUUUGUAUGUUUAUUUAAAAACUUUACAUUUUUUUUUUUUUUGGUACAGUAGAAAUUUAAUUCUUUUAAAUUGAAUUUACAUUAAUAACUUCUUUACCAUAGUUGUUGCGUCUUCCUUUUUAAUUUCAUGUCCUUCAAAUGCAUAUUUUAUAUUUCCGGAAGAUACAAGGAUUAAUGCUUGAAGAUACAAGGGUUAAUACAGGAAGAUACAAGGGUUAAUGCAGGAAGAUACAAGGAGUAACGUGUGAAGAUACAAGGAUUAAUGUGGCUGCCUCGACGGCUGUCACCUUAGGCUAACCACCAGGUUCCUCAGACUUUGCAUGUUGUCCACAUUAUUUCAUUACAUACAAGAUCUAAUAUAACACAAGUGAUUUAAAUUAGUUGUCCUAAAUAGACUGGAGUAACUUUAGAUUUUUUAGUUUUAAGAUAACCUCAGACAAGAUGUAACUUCAACAAUAAGUGGGCAUUUGAAUCAAGUAGUUGUGUUUAUUAUCACGUGUUAUAUUACAGUGUGUUUAACUGUUUUGUAUAAAGCAUCUUGAAGAAUAUUGUUUAAUGUUGUAUAAGCAUGAACAUUGUUUAAUUUCAUGAGAUGAAAUAUCAGUUUUUCUUAUGGUAAAAAAUUACUAUUGGAAUUUCUGCUUAAAAUGAAAAGAAAUACAAUAGUGGGAGCCAAGAUUUUAGUGUUUAAUGCUGUACAGGUUAAGAUUUGUGUCUAAGAUUUUAGUUUCAUUUCACUGCAUCAUUUAUCUUUUUUGUGAAAGCAAGUUAUGAAAACAAAAUAUUUUACCUGUGCUUGAAAAGUGAUCUGAUGCAGUGUAAGCAUUAGUUAAUGAGGUUUCUUUUACUUUUAAUGCUUAUUUUUAGGCAGAUUUGACAUUCUUGCCUUUAUUGAGAAUUAGAGGAACAUUAUUUUUUGUUUUAUAUAUACUGUACUUGUAUAAUGGUCAGGAAAUUAUUCUUGUACGUUUUAGGUGUUAACCAAAAUUUUGCAGUGUGUUGAAUUUAGAUAAGCUGCUCUGAGCAGGUUAGCUGACUAUUGCUCACCAUUAGUUAUGUUUUGUCCUUUUUAAUGUGUCACUAGUACCUUGCAUCAUAAUGUACAGAGCCUUGGACAUGCUGUCCAUAAAGAAAAUGGUAUUAUUGGAUAUUCAGUUUUUUAGUUGUUACAAAACGCAUGAAAUUUGUAAAAUCAUUUGAAAUCAGAGUUAUUUUAUUUUGGUAAAUUUAUAUUUUUUCAAAGGAUACAUUGAAUCUUUUUGUUAUUCUUUAACCAUAUUGAGCUUUAGUUUCAAGUGAUUUUUUCUCUCACAAGAAUUAAAACUAGUUUGCCAUUUCACUUUGUUUGUGUUGAUAUGUACCUAUUUAAGGGAACUGUUAGCUUCAAUAUUGAGAGAGCUAAGGACAUGGUCAACUCAGUGCUAUUAUACAGUAGUAAUUGUUGAAUCAUGGACUUCCCAUAUUAAUUUUAAUAUGAUUUUGAUAAAGCUGCUUUUGUCUGUUACACAUGGAAGUAUGAACAAUAGAUUAGCCAAAUGAAACAUGACUUGCAGUCGAGAAUAUAAUGUUAAAUUUCGAUGUAAUGUUUUUUGUGCGCAUAAAUGCUGGACUUUAUUUUCAGCAAGACAUUCAUUGAAUGGAAGUAGUGAAGCUGAAGACGUAUUGAGUAUUAAUAUAGGCCAUACAUAUAUCUGUUGGUGACUUACAUUGGCUUGUGUUGUGGUGACUAAAAUCCCAGAGAUUAGUGUGAACAUCUGAUAUGUUCGUAGGAACAUCCUCAUUCUUCUCAAGAGUGCGAUUUGUAACUGGACUGUUGCGGAAUGUUCUGUAUAGUAUUUAAUUUAGUACUGUGAGUGCAAAGCCAAUUUUAAUGCAAGAAAAAAAUCUUUAUUUGUGUAUUGGAGCAUGUGUUUUCUUGUCAACUGUUUACAUGUAAAUUCUAUUUGUAAGUGGGAGUGAGAUGUAGUUGUAAACUUAAUGAGUAAUUGCACAUAAAGACUUUCAAGUACA